CAUUUGCUUGGAACAGUGUUAACAGGUUAACAACGCUAUACAGACAUUUUUCGCAAUCACUAAUUAUAUUUUUUGCAAAUUUAUUGAGAUCAGCGUCGAAGUGGAAUUCGGAACAGAUAUGAAUUUUACUUCGAUCUGCCUAUUUCUAAUCGGACUGACUUUCGUGCGAUCGGGAGGAAGCAUAACCACCAAAGAAUACACUUCAUACAGACGAAUACCAUUGUGUACACCAUCCGAUGAUAUACGAUACCCGAACACUAAAGAACAAGUGGUCGACAUUGUCAAAGAGGCAAUAUCCCGGAAUGUCACAGUUAAGGCGUUUGGAGCCCGUCACUCUCAAACAGAUAUAAUAUGUACGGAAGGCAUACCGGUCGAUGUUCAGGGUAUUCAACAUUUUCGCCUGCACGACGAUGGAGUCACUGCCACAUUCGGAGCAGGAGUAAAUUUAAGAGAUGCUACUGAAUUCCUUCGACGACACAAGCGUGGUUUACGAACCACACCGGCAUACGGGAAUAUAACAUUAAGCGGUGCUAUUGGCACCGGAGCGCACGGCUCGACGAUUAGAUAUAACGCAUCCAUUUCGUCGCAGGUCAUCGGCCUAACGAUCGUUGAUGGUACAGGAAUGGUGCGAAGCAUUACUGAUCCAAGCGAUCUGAGGUCCUAUCGACUAAAUUUAGGAUUGUUGGGCAUCGUGGUUGACAUAACACUGUACACAGUUCCUCUGUAUAAAACACGUGCCCAUAAUUAUGCCGUUCCCGACGAAGUACUAACAAACGGUGUAGGAACAAACUGGGCUAAGACCACAGACCAAAUCGCUUUUUAUUGGUUUCCCGCCUUCCAUGAAGUAGUUAUUGCCAACUGGACCAUUGUCGACGUUCACACACAGGGAAACGCAAAGACAAAUGAUCACGUACCAUCGUCUUAUGCCAGUUUCAAUGCACUUGCGGCCUUCGGAAAGGAGAUCAUUUUUGGCCUCACUUCCAGUACGUGCGCUGUAGCUAAUUCGCUUGGCUACACAAUUCUUCACGCCGUUGAAUAUUACAUGCAAUUGUCGCUGUUGAUUCAAACACCGAAUUUUGCGCCAAUUUAUACAGAAGACGAGUAUACCGUCACGAAUCCGGCAAUUGGAUAUUACGAUCUAAUGUUCGCUCCAAUUUGUUAUGACGAUGAAAGAGGUCCGCUAGGAUCAGCCUGUGUGUGGGCACACGGAGAGAAUGAGAUCACAAUUCUUGAUAACGAGUUUGCCCUUGACCUAGCUGAUAUGCCAAACUUCAUCAAAGAUGUGAAAGGUGUUCUAAGUAAAACUCCAACGGCCUUUCCUCUGCAAGGUAUUCUAAUGCGGUUUUCAGAUUCAUCAGACAUUUUCCUGUCAACAGCUUACGGUCGCCAGACAGUUCACUUUGAAUUCUACGUUUGGAACAGAAAUGAUCCGUACAACGAUCCAUCGGGAUGUUUAGCAGGAUAUCAGACGAUUCUACAAAUUCUAACUCGAAAAUAUCGAGCCCGUUCGCAUUGGGGGAAGAGCGGAUUGGUUUAUCACAAUAGUGAAAGCAUCGAUCUGAAAUUGGAUAGGGAUGCUCGUCGAGGAUUCAUUGCCGCGAUGAAUAAAUUUGAUCCGAAUGAGAUUUUCAUUAACAAUUUCGGGCGCCGCAUCAAACGUAAAGGAACAACAGUUGACAUUGACCCGUUGACAGUGCAUUGUGCCUUAUUGGACAAUUGCAUUUGCUCCAAAGACACCGACUGUGGAAUAGAUCAAAUGUGUACAACGUUGCCGGGAUAUACUUACAACGUUUGCAGGACAAUAAAUGAAGUGCCAGAAUUUACGGUCGAUAGGAGCGUUUUCCCACCCCCACUCGGUGUUUUGGGAUUCCUUUUAAACAAUAUUCACACGCUGGCCGGCGCAGUCCUUGCAAACUGCUCUCUAAGUGAUAUGGUUGGUGGAGUACUGGGUGUACUUGGAAAAGUUGGUAAAUUUUAGUCUAAUAUUAGGCAAAUCGUUUUUACGUUUUCCGAUCCAAAAAGUCUGAUGAAAUUGGUUUUGGUCAGUAUACAGAUGGGCGUCCAUUUUCGGUAAAUUUAUUUGGAAAAAUAAUUCUACCAACAUGGGUCCUGGCAUAAAGCGCGUCACAUUUUUUAGUUAACUUUUAAUUUAUGUUCCCCUCCUCCGGUCUAAUACCACAUGGUGUCAGUUGUUUAAUUUUAUGUGACUCCACAUUGUGACGCAUGUUGUUGUCGUAGAACUGUGAUAUUACACUACAAUCGCUAAACCUACAAAUAGCAAACCGGUGCAACUUUCUCAAAUCUUAAGUUCAAGGUUGGUAAAGACCAAGGUAUAUGCUGGAGAGGUAAUGUCAUUCAGUCGCGAGUUUCACAAAAUAUUGAGUGUGUCUAUCUCAAGACAGUUGGCCCACCAGGUCUCUACAUUUAUUUUUUUGUUUCUAACGAGAGGAAGAGAUGGCAUUUGGCUCAUUUGGUUAAAUGUAUCGUAUCAGUACCCACGAAAUCCACCUUGGAAAAGACUUGAUUUUGCUAAAUUUGCAUGUAAUUACGACGUUUAGCUGUUGUGAAAGGUGUAGUGAGCUGAAAUGUACUUAGUUUCACAUAAAUAAAAUCAAAUUUAAGACGAAAAAUUUAUUAAUAUUGAAAAC